AUGUCGUAUUCCUCUAAUAAUAUUGGAGACAUAACUGACCCGUCAGAUUUCAGGAAAAGCAGCAUACCGGCAUUAGCUGAGUUAGACGUGUUGGAAAGAUGCUAUAUAUGUAAAGAAUUUUUCAAUGCCCCGGUUAUUACAUCAUGCCAUCAUACAUUUUGUUCCAAAUGUAUAAGGGAGUACUUGAUAACAAAUAAUUUGUGUCCCUUGUGUAAGACGGAGGUUUUUGAGAGCAAUUUGAAAAGAGACGUGCUUUUGGAGGAAAUCGUUGGCUGUUACAAGAGAAUACGGCCUCAUUUGCUACAUCAUUUGACAACUAAAGUACUUAACAAUGGUGUUGAAGAAGCGGAGGUGACAAAAUCAGACACGAAGAAUGAAAAGAAAAGAACUGCGGAGACGGAGGAGGUAUCCAUGUCAUCAAGUACACAGGUAAAGCAACAAAAGAUUGAAAAAGUUGAAAAAGUUGAAAAAGUUGAAGAGCCCCACAACGAGGUUUCCAACCAAGACCAAGUAGAGUGUCCCGUUUGUACUAAAAAAAUGACAGUUGAGAAAUUGCAGCGAACUCAUUUAGAUGCCUGUUUAUCUGGUGACACAUUAGACACGUCUAAUUCCCUGUCAUCAACGUUAAGAAUUACUAGAAGCAAUAAAUCUUCACUUUCAUCUUUUUUCCGAAAUACCAGUAAUAAAUCAUCAUCACCUUCCCUGCCGAUGCAAUUGUCGUCGUCCUCAAGUGAAAAAGAACUACCUGAAAAUUUGGGACAUAAGGAUUUUUACUUUAACGAAACGUCGAAACAGCCACAUAAGGAGGUAAAGCGACUACCAAAACUAGAUUUUGUUUCAUUGAGUACGGCAAAACUAAAAGAAAAAUUAUCACAAUUGCAUAUACCGACUACAGGGAGCCGACACCAGUUGGAAUUAAGAUACAACCAAUAUUUUGUUUUGUAUAAUUCAAACAUCGAUAGCAAUCAUCCAGUGCUGGAGCGGACUUUGAGACAAAAACUCCACAAGUGGGAACUUUCGCAUCUGAGUUUUGGUAGAAGAAAUGGCAUUCAAGAAUUUAGUAAUAGUACUCUGGGCUCGAUAAGUCACAGAUCGAUUACAGAUAAAGAUUUUCUGGUUAGUGAAUGGAUGGCUGUAUACGGUCCAGAAUUUAAAGAGUUGGUGAGACAAGCUAGGAAAUCCUUAGCAAGAAGUCGUGGAAGGAGAAAGGGGAAAGGAAAGGAAGAAUCUGUUAAAGCUGUUAAAGCUAUUGAUAACUUAAGCGAAGAAAAGGGCACUGAUGGUGAUGAAACAGACGCAGACGCUAAUAACAUAUCCGAACCAAAUAUGGAAUGCAAAGUAUCCCCAAAUAAUAAAACUACUGUGGAAACAAAUGGCACGAGCUUCGAUUUCGGAAGCAGCACGACGUUCAACAAUUAA